AUGGCUCAAGAAGUAUCAGAUGCGAAGAAUAUCAGCUUGAAGGCAUUAGUGGACAAGGGGAGAAACAGAGUUAUCUUCGUAGAGGCCGAUAAUGAUUUCAUUGAUGUUCUCUUCAGUUUUUUGACAUUACCGAUGGGAAAAAUUGUCAGGCUUGCCCGCGACCAUUCAAUAGCACUGGAAAUAGGUUGCAUGAACAAAUUGUAUCAGAGUAUUGAGAAGCUUGAUGUGCAGGUUUUCAAGUCCAAUGCAUGUAGAGACAUGUUGUUACUUCCGCACAGUGCAGCGAACUGUCAUUGCAAGAACCUCAAAUUGAAAAUUAUUGAUGAUGCUGAGCCACAACGUUAUUAUUCAACUGUUCCUUGCCCUUCCUGUUCAUCUAUUAUGGAUUAUAAAGUAUAUCUUAAAGAGGGUGAUUCUCAAGAUGGAGGGGUCUUUGUAAAAGAGCGAGCCAGGGUUAUAAUUACUGAUGAUUUACAAGUGAUAUUCCCAUUAAGUGCAGCUAGCAUUUCCUUGUUUACCAAGCUUGGAGCCACGAAUAGCAAUACCACUGAGGAGCUAACUUUCAGUAUUGGAGUCGAGCAGGUUUUGAAUUUGAUUGUGAGCUCAUUUGUAUCAAAAACGCCUUUAACUGAAACUCUGCUGAAGCCUAAUCCUGUACCAAAAUUAGGUUGUGUGAAUUUCAGUCAAGGAAAAUGUAUUGAAUCUCAAAUGUCAGCUGGGGCCUCGAUAGAUGAGGAAACUGAAAAAAUCUCUGUCAAGCUCAUAGUGAGUAAAUCAAAGAAUUUGGUUUGCUAUGCAGAAGUACGAGAGGAUUUCGUUAAUUUGAUCUUCAGUUUCUUGACUCUUCCACUUGGGUUUAUAUUAAAGCAGAUGCUGGACUCCCCUUGGAAAGGAUGUAUUGAUCAGUUGUGCAAGGGUGUCCUCGAUUUUGAUGAGCAAUUUUUUAAGUCAAAUUACCACAAGGAAUUGCUAUGCAAUUCAAAACUUGUUCCUGGGUUCAGCUAUGAGAACAAUCUUUUAGGAAUUGAGGAGGCCGUGUACUAUAAGUUGUCUAAUCGUACGUAUACCGCUGAUACAUCCAUUAUCUCUUCUGCGUCCUUGGAGGCACCUAAAGUUCAAUUUUUGGAUCCCAAAUCCCAUGGUGAUAAAGAUAGAAAUGCUAGGGGAUUCUUAAAAGAACCAGCAAUUUUCACAGUAACUGACAAUUUAGAUGUAAGGCCAGUAUCUCCAAUCUUUCAACUGUCUGUUCUUAAUUAUUUGAAGGUACAUUUCACUGAUAUUGAGUAUCGAACUGUGCAUGUUGGCAAGAACGAGGCUUUGCGUCUUUUGGUGGCUUCUGUUGUUUCUGACUCACUUCUAACCAAUGCUUUCCUAAGGAAGCCAAAGGAGCCAUUGGUUAAGCAAGAGCAAUGA